GCGACAACCUUUGCCCUGCCUCCACCCUGUUGCCUCUGUCCGUCACACUCGUCCUUGUCCGCAACUACCGCGGGCCGCUAAGGUCCUGUUUUCUCCCCGCCAUCUCCGUUUUCGAGAGAGAAAAAUAAUGGCGUAGGUGUCAGAAGAGGGCAAAAGGUAGAGAGAGAAAAAUAAACACUGCACCUGCGCUUCGAAUCCCCAAAUGCCCGGUGAAAGGAUCGACCGGCGUCCGAACGGGUGCCACCACUUAGAGACGGCCGAAAGCAUGUCUGCACGCCGGAGUUGAUCUUGCGCCAUCUCCUCACCUACCGUAGCGGCUGCGGUGGUAAAACGACGCCGGGCACACAGGCGUCUCUCGACCUCGUUCAUUAUCAUCAUCGAAAUCGCUGACGAGGAGGAGGCGGACCAAGUACAACCCGGUGCCCGUAGUUUCUCGAUUCCUUGAUCUGGUGUCGAUCGAGAUGGGGUUUCUGCUGUUGAUCCUCCGUGAUUUGAUUGUCCAUGAACUUGGACGAGUGCAUAGGAUCCAUCGAAGCACUAAGGCGGCGACCGCGCGAGAGAUCUGUUAAGAAGCUUGUCCGGCCUCCGGCGGCGAGAAGAAAUUCUAGGGUUUUAUACUUGAUCACGAACGAAGAUGAGGAAGAGAAGCAAAGGGAAGAGACAACAAGGAAGAGACCUUCUGGUGAGGGAACACUGUGUCGUCGAUCGCGGUCGCAGCCCCAACAACACAACAGCAGUCGUCCGCCGCCGCCGUCUUGGCGACAAGCAUUCCUACCUACUGUUAGUUUUUGUUGCAGGAAAAGAGAGGAGAUGACAGCAGAAGAGGGGGACAAGUCAUUUCUUGAGCGUAUGCUUUCCCAUCUACGCUCCACCAGCAAGUAUUACACUGGAUAUCCAAAAGAUCUUGGACCUUCACGUAUUGUUCACUUCACCUCCGAGCGUCAUUUUGUUCAGCUACUACAUGAAGGCAGUCCUGUAGUUGUUGCAUUUACUAUUAGGUGUCCUUACACAAAGCAUCUUGAUAAAGUGUUGGAGGAAGCUGCUGCUGAGUUUUACCCUCACUUCAAAUUCGUGCGUGUGGAAUGCCCAAAAUAUCCAGCAUUUUGCUUAACGAGACAAAGGAAUGAGUAUCCAUUCAUUGAAAUAUUUUACAGUCCAGAACAAGCAACUGGCCAGGGAAAAGUGGUAGAUCCUAACAUCACAAAGUAUUCAGUGAAAGUCUUGCCAUUUAACUACGACGUAAGUGUGUAUGGGUUUCGAGAAUUUUUCAAGCGACAUGGAAUGAAUUUACCAGAAACCAAGUAAAGCUGCCACAGCCAUUGCACCGUCAUAUAUGUUUGAUGGAUUCCGAAACCUGCAUGUGUAGCUCCAUGGGAAUUUUGAUCAUAAGCCCUUUGCCUGUGACGAAGCUUAAUGGCCGAAGAUGCUACAUGCCUGGAAGUAUCAUUUUCUUAAUCUUCAUCAAUGACCUUAAAUUAACAUGUUCUUGCCUUUGGGUUUUUACCACGGUGCAUAAUCACAUAAGUUUCUUUUACUUUAUAUAUUGCAGAUAAUUCCCUUUUGUGAUAGCAGCUAUUGGGAUUAGCUUGACUACUAAUUUCCUCUCUCUUUGAA